AUGUCCGCCAUGGCUGCGCCGGCUUUUCUACAACAAUCGCAACCCUUCAGGCCCUCGAACGGCCAAUCCUCCUUUCUAUCCUCCGUCAACCCCUUCGAACGCGAUGCGGCCAAGCUCGUGGGCACCCCGUUCGCCAACGCCGGCCCGACUGCCUCCUCUGUCCUGAUUCGUCGCCUCCCGCUGAACACCUCCGAAGAAUCGCUCCGUCUCAUGGUCGUUUGGUCCAAGGAAUUGGUGGAUGUUGAGGUUUUGCCCGUGGAUCAGUCGGAGGACAAGGGCUUCCGGUCGGCCAUCUUGAAGUUCAGGACCACGAACGGCGCAAUCGAGGCGAAAAACAUGCUGGACGGGAAAUCCAACAUUUCUAACGAUGCCAACAUGAUUGUUGAGAUUCUGGCAGGAAGCCCGACCUCUUCGAGGAGAUACCCGGAACCCGCAGGUACCGGGCCGUCGAGUACGGCCUCGUCCGCGACAUCUUCGGCGCCCACGUCGCGACAGCCAUCCCGAUUCAACGGCGCUUUCCAGUCGCUGGAGAAGAUCUCGCCGCCUAUGAACGGUAUGUACGGCACCAGCGAAUUACCAAACCCCGAGUCUAGCGCCCACUACCAAACCCUCUUCUCUCCGCAAUCGCCUAUCGGGAAUCACAUCACCGAGCGAACUCGCGCUACGGGGAAAUCGAUGAUCAACAAUGAUGCUGCCGACGACGACGAUACAGGCGAGCUGCUUAAGGACCCAGUUGCCUACGCGGAAAACGGCGCGACGGCUCAGCGAAGGGCCACUGCCCCACAGCUACCCAUCUCGCGUCUCGCCAGCCUAUCCCUCAAUACCAACUCAUCAUCUGGCCCAUCGUCGUCGCUUCCGCAAUAUGGCCAGCAAGGGAUGGGGGCGAUGUCGGCUCAUCCGGCCGCAAUGUCACCCACAGUAAUGGGCGGCGGUCCACACGGCGUAUCAUUUCACAUGGCAGGCGGCCAUCCCUUUGGCCGCUCCAACUUUCCGCCGGUCAACCCUGCCGACCAGAACCCGCCGUGCAACACUCUGUACGUGGGUAACUUGCCGAUAGACACUUCAGAGGAAGAAUUGAAGGCCAUGUUCUCCAAGCAGCGUGGGUACAAGCGUCUCUGUUUCCGCACGAAGCAGAACGGGCCCAUGUGUUUUGUUGAGUUCGAAGACGUCUCUUUCGCUACCAAGGCCCUGCACGAGCUUUACGGCCACCCGCUCCACAACAGCGUGAAGGGUGGCAUUCGAUUGAGCUUCUCCAAAAACCCCCUCGGCGUUCGCUCUGGCCAAACCCCUGGGCAAGCGACGCCUCCCAUGAGCGGAAUGAUGACGGGAUCCUCGAACGGGUUGAGAACGGCGAAUGGCCCUCCCCCGGGACUUUCGGCCCCUCCAGGCCUCGGUGCCGGACGUUACGGUGGCGGCUCGGCUGCGCAGUCGUACACAGUCGCGGCUGGGUUUCCCGCGACCGGCAAUAACAACGUCUGGAACGGAUACAGUGGCGCCAUGACGGCUGGCGGGCCUGGAUCGUUGAUGAGCGGCAACAAUUCGAACUAUCUUCCACCCCACAUGCUGGGCCGAUAA